AUCAGGCAAAUUUAAAAAAAUUAUAUGAAAACAAAAUGCUUGAUCUUAAUUUUACACCACCAAUCACAAUCACAAAUAGUACUGAUAUUAAUUUUUGGGAAGCGUUUAAACAAUCCUUAAAUAAUAACAAGAAUGGCCCAUAUAAUCGAACUCGAAUUCUUUCCAUUAUAGCUGAAAAAUUUACUUAUUCAGAAUUACAAGAAAAAUUACAGAUUUCCCAUGCUAUAAAACGUUAUAUAAGAAUAGGAUACAAUGUUUCAGAAGGAUCAAAUAUUGUAGAUGCAGCAAAGGAAUUAUCAGGAACAUAUCUCGCAAAUAUUCAACCUAAUAGAGCUAAAAAAGAAGUAACUCAAUUAGAAGACAAUUCUGAAAAACUUAAUGAAAAAAAAAAGUUAGCAUUAAUACUAUUUCAGGAAUUUCUAAUUUUUUUUAUUGGGAAUGGCCAAUUGAUGGCCCAUUCGCAGAGACUUCAAUAUAAUGAGAGUAAGUUGUAA